CAGGUGACAGUCGCCUUUUGGCCUGCUCAACAUGGCUUUCUUCCACUCAUGGCUUUCUUCCACUCUUCUUUUUUUCAGUCUUUGCAAUACCUGUAGCUGCCAGCCUCCAAGUGCCCCUCGUUACAGGUCAGCUCCUCACGAAAGGGGAGGAGCUACAUCCAGGGUCUGUUCCCAGCAUCACAGCUCCAAGUCCCAUCGACCAACAGCGCUGCCCACCUGGAGACCAAAGAGGACCCUGCCCACUUGUUUGUGUGCCAUGUGAGUGCUCAGUCCAACAGGAUGGCUGCUGGAUCGAUGGAAUGUGUGUCUGUGAUUGGAUUCAGUCUUAUCUAUCUUAAAAUGGUGGCUUCAGUAAAAACAGCUCCUGAAAUACCCUCUAUUGAUCAGGCCUAUUCAAAAAUCAGCAACAGUAUCACCGUGGAAUGGGCUACAGUGCCAGGUGCCACCAGUUACCUCCUUACGGCCGAAGACGGGAACACUGUCAUUGAAACCAUGGUGGCCGGUUCCCCAGGCACGGUGACAGGCCUGAAGGCUGCGACCUUGUACCAAAUCACGGUCAGAUCCGUCAGUGCUGCUGGGAGAAGCCAGCCAUCACCUCCGAAACAGGCAAAGACAGUACUGGCUGCACCAAUUCUAGAAGUCAGCUCUCCAAGUCCAGACUCUAUCCUUGUGCAGUGGGAGGCCGUGUACAUGGCGAUGGGGUUCUCUGUGUCCAUCAUGCGAGCUAAUGGUUUGGGAAGAGUCUGGAAAGAGAACACUACCAACACCUCCUUGACAUUCACUAGCUUAGACGCCGGGACGCUCUACACCAUAAAGGCCUACGCGUGGAACGCCAACGGGACCCCUGGGGACGACUCCACCUGCAAUCAGAGAACAAGUCCUCGUGCUCCUGCCAACAUUCAAGUCUCUUUUGAUAGUGGGGCUCUGAAGGCAUCUGUUUCAUGGGCACCGACAGAGGGAGCUUUCAACUAUACUGUGGUGGCUUUGAGUGACUCUUCCAAGCUGAGCUGUAGUACAACUUUCAGUUCCUGCACCAUCUCCUCCCUCCACUGUGGAACUGAGUACCUGAUUUCAGUUCUAGCAAGUAAUGAUGCUGGGUCUAGCAAAUCAACUUCAGCAGUGACACUGAAAACUGUUGCUUGUGCACCCGGACGAGUGACUAUCCAAGAAGCCCCUGGCCACCUGUCUGUGGCUUGGUCCACCGUGGUUCUGGGUGAUUACUAUGUGGCCUUUGUGAAGAGUGAUGAUGGCUUGGAAGUACACUGCAACACCUCCCUCACCCAGUGCAAUUUCUUAUCUGAGUGUGGCUUCACUUAUUUUAUUAGUGUGUUUGCCUAUAACAAGGCAGGGCAGAGUCCUUUGGGCGAUGUGUUCAACUAUACCACAGCUCCCUGUUGUCCUAGUGACAUUAACCCGGUGCUGGUGUCCAGUGACAGAGUAGAGAUCGUUUGGUCUCCUGUCCGUGGGGCUGAACUCUACGAAACCAAGGCUGUCGAUGGGUUCAGCGUGGUUGAGUGCAAUGACACUGCUCCGGCUUGCACGCUUUCUGCUCUGGAGUGUGACACCAAGUACAACAUCACAGUGUACUCCUUCAGCGAGGUCCGGGGCAGCAAUACGUCGUGUGCUUCCCGAUUUAUAACCACAGCUCCUUGCAGUCCUGAAAUCACAAACAUUUCGAAGGAUGCCUUCUCCAUGAUUCAUGUGCGCUGGCGACCCACUAAUGACGACGCCACCUACACGGUGACGGCCCAGGGAGAGAAAGGGCAGUACCAGUGCAGCAGCUCCAGGGAGUCCUGUGCCCUCGGGGGCUUGCCCUGCGGCUUCGUGUUCUCCGUCACCGCUGUGGCUGAAACACGGGCUGGACGGAGCCUGCCCAGCUACACUGUGCCGCUAGAAACAGUGCCAUGCUGUCCAGCCAGUCUGACUGUCACUCAGGUCACCCAAUCAGUAAUCAACGUGAGCUGGACCAUUGGGACUGGGGCCCAAACCUAUGUGACGGUUUUGGAGUCACACACUGGGCAGUCUAAGUGUCACACCCAUCAAAACCACUGCCUCCUGGGAUGCAUCACAUGUGGCAUCAAUUACACAGUGGCAUUAAAAGCAAUUAGUGCCACUGGGUUGACUGCGGACUGCACCUACCAAAGUUACUCCUCUGGUGCCUGCUGCCCUUUGGGGGUGAAAUUAUACAGGCUGGGUCCUAAUGGCAUCCGGAUCUACUGGCAGGCUGCCAGGGGCUCUGCCAAUUACAGCACUGACCUCUAUGGUUCCAAAGGCAUUUUCACGUGUGCCCCAAGUGCUGGCCUCAGUUUCUGUGAUGUCGCCGAGAUCCCCUGCGGGGAUGUCUAUACCGUGAUGGUCUCACCAGUUGCUGAGACAGGACUGAAGCUUACUUUCUGUCCCAAAAAAAUAUAUUCAGUAACCUGCUCUGGAAGUACACUUGGAAUGGUGAUUUACAGAGGGAAGAGAAAUGCAGAAUGACAUAGUGAACCACGGAUAAAAACAAAGACUUGACUAGUGAGUAGUUUCAAUGGAAAUUGUAUGGUUCAAAGGCAAUUUUUUUUCUUUGCUUUGAAAAAAUUCUUCCCACAUUUUUGCAAAGGUUUUUCAAUUGUUAGUGUGAUUAGAGAUGGGAAAAAGCUAUUAGAAUACCAAACGCCUCUAGGAUGGGACAUGCUUUGGCCUUCAGAAGAACCACUCUGACUCCACGUCUUGAGGGCAAGGUCAAGUGUGUCCUCACCUGUAUAGGAACUCAAGAUCUGCUGCAGAGAGCACUCGGUAGAGAAAUGAAUCCAGGAAAGUCCUCUGGAAGGCUGUCAGAGUGAGCCAGCACUCUGGAAAUGUUAAGUUUCUACUUAUCAGAAAUUCUUUCGGCGUUUACACACACUUCAGCACACCCACUUCAUAAGUGUUUUAUCAACCCCAGUACUUGCCAGGGAGCCCUCCAGACAUUCAAGAGCUGAAAACGUCCACUCCCGGACAAGUUGAAAUCAAGCCACCGCACAGAGACAGUGCUCAACCAAGGCAAACCUCCACCAGGACUUCUGCCCAGGUUGGUUAGCAGCAGCUGCCAGCGCCACCUGCAGUAACAAACACCGUCAUCUCAAGUUAAGAGGAAGCUGAGCCGCUUGCAGACUCCACCAAGCCAGAGCAUCGAGUCAUGAGACUUGUGUGUGAGCGUUUGGGAAAGCAGAGCUGCUGGCCUUUUGCUGGAAGGGUGGUGGUCAUUCUUUUGAAUGAGCAAAGGCUUCAGAUGGAGGGACAACCAGGGCCAGAGCCUCAAAUUAUGGCAGAUGGACACACAUGCAUCUUUUAGGGGGAGGAUGAUCUAACUCUUGUUGGCUGUAGCCCCUGUUCACACUGUAAUUAUUCACACUAACAGCUUCUGCUGCUGCUGCUUCUUGGACAGAUAAGGCAAUGAUAUAUAAUAUAAAUCUGUGA